GGCCCUGUCUUGAAACCAGAAGCACAUUGGAAAGGACAGUGGCUCUAGCUGGGAGGAGGGGGCCGCAACUUGACCUGCGGGGCAUGCAUCUUAGGAGGAGGUGCACCACAGAUGAAUAUUGGUGAUACCUCAGAGUUGGACUGUCCACAAGUGGGCCACACACCUGUAGGCAGAGGGUCCGAGACUGAACGUGGGGAGCACGUCUGGACAUGAGAGCAUCUCUGGGAAGCAGCAGCCACAGCUGAAUGUGAUGAUUCAUAGGGUCACAUCUGGGGGAAAGGCAACUGCUGCAUAUGGGAGAUCUAUCUGGGGAGGAGGGAGCCACAGGUGCAUGAAGAAUAUGCCUGAGGAUGAGAGGGCCUGGCUUGGAUAUGGGAAGCACAUCUGGAGAUGGAGCAUCUGCAGAAAGGGGCAUGGAUAGCCAAGUGGCCCCAGGAUGGAACUGCCGGAGCCCCAACCCAGCCCAGCGGCCGGGAAGGAAGAGCAGGAGCUGCUGGAGCGAGCCUUCUUCUCCUGGGCCGAGUUCAGCCGCUUCUUCGACAAAUGGUGCCAGCAGCGGCUGGUGGUCUUUUCAGUCAAGAGCUCCACUCAUGUGGCGCGCAGCCCUUGGGCCAGCGCGCCCCCGCUGUACAGGCUCAUCCACGUGCUCAAGUACAGCUACGUGCUACUGGUGUGCAAGGACAUGCGCGCGGCCAACCAGCCCGCAGCGUGGCCCCCCCAGCCCAGCUGCCCGGCCUUCAUCACCGUCAAGCUGAGCCCCCUGCGGGACCGACUAGUGGUGUCUGAGUGCCAGCUGACCCACUCGCACCCGGCCUGCCCGCGGGAGUUCGCCUACCACUUCCGCCCUGGGCACCUGCUGGCCAACGCCUGCCUGCCGGUGCGCAUCACCAACCAGAUCUCCAAGCAGUUCGUGGCCCCCGCCGACGUGCGCCGCCUGCUGUCCCACUGCAAGGGCCCCGACCACGGUGUGCUGGACGCCCUGCACGUGCUGGAGGGGCUCUUCCGCACCGACCCCGAGGCCAAGGUGAAGCUGGUGUUCGUAGAGGAUCAAGCUAUGGUAGAGACUGUGUUCUUCCUGACAUCGCGCACCAGGGCGCUGUUGCGGCGUUUCCCGCGCAUACUCCUGGUGGACCGACUGCCCGGCCUGCAGGGCGCACUGGACCUGCUGGCAGUGCUGUGCGUGGACAGCGCAGGACGCGCACGCCAGGCUGCCUGCUGUGUGGCGCGCCCUGGCACGCCAAGCCUACUACGUUUUGUGCUGGUCUCAUUGCUUCAAAGCGCACCCGACGUCAAGGGCCGAGUGCGCUGCCUCACUGCGGGGCCAGAAGUGGCAGCACAGCUGCGGGCCGUGCGCCAGCUGCUGCCAUGCGCACGAGUGCAGAUCUGCCGCGCGCAAGGCCUCGAGACGCUCUUCAGCAAGGCUCAGGAGCUGGGCGGUGCCAGCCAAGAAGACCCAGGUCUGUGGCCCUUGCUGUGCCGCCUGGCCGGCGCGUCAUCCUAUGCAGCCUACUCCGAGGCACUAGCCGAGCUGCGUGCCCAGGGCCCGGCCGCCUUUGUUAAAUACUUCGAGCACAACUGGGCACCCCGCCAUGACAUGUGGGUGCGUUUCCGUGCCUAUGAAGCAUCCCGUAAUCUGGAUGCGUGCGCCCUGGUGCGUGGCCACCGCAAGAGACUUCUGCGCCGCCUGAGCCCCUCACACAGUGUGGCACAGUGCCUUCGCGACCUGGUGGCCAUGCAGUGGGCGGACGCAGUGGGGGAGGCAGCCUCCGAGGGCGCUGAUGGUGAUGGAGCAUGGCUGGACAGCCAGCCCGGGAGGGGGGGAACCCAGGUGGAGAAUGAGAGGGUGAGGGGUCUGGAAACCAGUGACUGGGGAGGAGCUCAGCCAGAAAGUGAGAAGGGGAGGGGAUUGCAGGCCAGAGAACAGAGAGGAGUCCAGUUGGAGAACCCGAAAGUGAGGGGGCUGGAUGGGAUUAUCUGGAGAGGGACCCAGUUGGAGAAAGAUCACUUGAGAGGGCCAGAGAUCAGAGACUGGAGGGGAGGCCAGUUGGAGGAUCAAAGGAUUAGGGUGUUAGAGAUCAUAGAAAAGAGGGGAACCCAGUUUGAGUCUGAAAAGGCAGGAGGUCUUGAAGGGAGCCCCUGGAGGGGAGUCCCGUUGCAGGAAGAAAGGGCAAGUGGUCUGAAACUCGGAGACUGGAAGGGGCCUCAGGCGGAAGUGGACAAGGACAAGAGACUGGGUCUCAGAAACUGGAGGGGGAUCCAUUUGGAGAAGCCCCUGGAUUUAGUCCCUGAGAACGGAGAUCGGAGGGGGUCCCUGGGGGCAGAAGAGGGGAGGAGGGGGCCAGAGCUAGCAGAAGAGAGGGGAGGGAGGUCGGGGGCCAAAAGAAGACGAGGCCUGGAAGACAUAGUUGUGAUCCAGCUUGGGGACACCAGGGUCACAGGUGUGGCAAAUGGAGACAGAGAGGGAGCCCCGUCCAUGGGCCCCACAAACAGAGCAAGACAAGGGCUGGACACAGGAGGGAGGGGUCCAGGGCUGGGGAAUGGGGUCCUGUGCACCACCCCCAUGGGAACUGUGUUGGAAGGCAAUCCAGAACGGGCAGUGAUGAGGAGUGAGUCCCCAGCUGCAAGGGAGACCCUGCAGGAAGGAAGUGAAGAAGGCCCAAGGGAACCAAAGAGGCUUUGCUGCCCCUCAGGAGAGGAGGAGGUAGACUGGGAGCCACUGGCCAAAUUCCGAGCAGCCUGUGGGCCAGAGCUGGCAGACCUGGUGGCUGAGGAGCUGGCCUUCGCCAGGCAGCACGGGACCCGGGGUUUCCACUGGACCGGAGCUGGGUUUGCUCUUAAGGAUGGCACCUCAGACUUCUUCCUGGACGGAGCGCUGACCCACUGCAGCUGCUCCAUCCAUGCGGCUCGACACCUACCCUGCCGGCACCUCUUUGCAGCCCGCCUCCUCACCGGGGCAGCCUUAUUCCACAUGGACCUGCUCAGGGAUUGCUGGGGGAGCGCCCAGGAGCCCUGACCCUUCUGCCCUCUACCUGCCACCCUCCAUUUGGAGGGCAUUCUUCAAUCCCAAAGAUAACAGUGCUGAGGCCAAGGAGGGCACCCCAGUCCCUCUGGUCACCUCCUGGGUCAUCCAGGGACUUCAUCUUGGCAGUUUGCCUCUCUGGGUCCAAGGGGAAGCUAGCAAUGGUCUCUGAGGUCCUAGAGCCACAGCUGUGGAAACUGCUGAUGGCCAGGGUGGAUUCAGAGGGCUUCCCUCGGAAGAGGAAACGUGUGAUGAGAGGUAUAAACAGGGUCAGGCCAAGGUGGAAAGCAGGAGAGGGGCUGAGCUGGGGGGAGGGAGCAAUAGUGGAGGGAAGGGUUGACACCAGGAUGUGGGGAGGGUCUGGUCCGAAUUGAACUCGUCCAGCCAGGGAGUGCACAGGGGGUGGGGGAGCAGAGGAGGACAAGAAGACAUGGAGAGGGAAGGGCAGAGAAGAUAAAAGGGGAGACCCAUGGAGGAGAGGACACAGGAAGAUGCAGAAAUGGAAAAGAAGUAAGGAAAUGCAGGGGAGGCAAGAGAGGGUGAGGAUGGGAACCAGGAAGAGGAGGAGGAGGAGACAGGGAAGAGGGAAUUUUAAAAGGAGAUGAGACAAGAGAGGUGGAGAGAGAACUGAGGAGAAUGGUCUGGGUGUUUCUCCACUUGGCUUUUCUUCACUUUCUGGUUGGCCAUUCCUGGAAAAAGGGGGAAAGGGCAACAGGGGUCUGGAGGGAUGGGCUGGAGACUCUCCUCAGGAAGGGGAACUGUCUGGACUACUGUGCUUAAAGACCGGAAUAAAGCAGUAUUAUUUUGGUUUC